AGGGUCGUCCAUUACGGACAUCACUGCGUGCAGAAACUCUUUGUUGACUCACUCAUCUACAUUGAUCAAGAAAAGCAUACAGUAAUUGAUAAAAAUCAGUCUAAUUCCAAACGUCAUUCAAAUACAAUCCUCGAGGGGAGACAAUCUUUUAAAUAAAAGUUUUUAUAGUGCACGUCAGUGUUUCAUUGUUUGCGCUGUCAAUUUAACGAAACAAAGAAAAUGAAUAAACUUUGUCGUCAACUGUCAAUCGAGAGUCCUAGCGUAACUGGACGUGACUGCGUCUUCAGUUUUGAUGUCCCUGUACCAGACGUACCAAUAAAAGGUGCGAGGAUACGCGUAGUUUGUGCCGGUGCUUGCUAUCAUCCGAAACGAUCACCAAGUCUGGGAAGUUUAACAUCAGUAUCAAGUGCAAGCAGCCUUGCAACUGAGAGUUCUGUUGAGUGUGAUUUUCCCGUGAUACUUCCUCAUUAUGGUGUUAGAGAUGCUGCAUUGUUUCCUGGCUAUGAAGUUGCUGGUAUCAUUGAAUCACUUGGAUCUGGAGUUACGGAUGAUUGCAAUUUUGUCGUUGGUGAUCGAGUCAUUUUGUAUCCGUUUGAGGGAAUACCUAAUGGAUACGUUGAGUACCUAGUUGUUCAUGAUCUUAAGUAUCUAAUUAAAGUUCCUGAGAAUAUGUCGCUCAGUAUCGCAGCAAUGUUGCCAGCUGGAGCUUUGCUUGCUAUGAAUACAGUUUUUGCUGCUCACGAACACGUACAGCAACUUUUGAAAGAACGUGCGGAAGAUCAAGUUUGUAAAAUUCUUAUAGUAGGUACAGGAGGACUCGCUCUGUGGACACUUAGAAUAGCUGCGUAUUACUUCAGUAAUAUGCAAAAUAAAGUUACUAUUACAGUAGCAUCACUGAGAGAUGAUGGGUUACUUAUGGCACAAGAAUUUCAACAGGUUAAUGUAGUUGAAUGGAAUGAGGGAUUAUACGAGAAGCAAUUGAUUGAGCGUACUAUGGAUGCCUGUCAAGGCCAAGUAGAUGUUGUGAUCGACUAUGGCACCACUUCAAGAAGUCUUCAUCGUAGUUUACAAUGUUUGGGUAAAGGUGGUGUAGUUUUUUUGAUAAAAGAAGUAGCUGAUCGUCUUUUACCUAAAUUCAGUAAACGCGUUGACGAGCGCCAGCAAAAUAUAAAAUCUAUAGAACCGGGUAGUCUUGAUCAACUCAGCGAGCUCGUACAGUUAGUUGCAAGUGGGAAAAUUGAACCGCCACCUCAUACUGUCUAUCCUGCUGAACAAGCAAUGGACGUUGUACAUAAACUUUGUCAUUCAGAAAUUCAGGGUAGGGCAAUUCUUCGUUUUUAUCCAACAGACUAAAUACUUCGUUAAUACUAAAUCAUUGUCCGAUAAAAAGGAGCAAAAAAUAAUUAAAUAAAAUUUGAAAAUUUUCAAAUCGAUUAAGCAUUAGAGAUAUGCAUGAAUACUUAAAGUAAAAAGAUAAACUAAGUAUCGAAUGAGUAGUUUGACAUGACCUCUAAAAUUGUUUGAAAUCGCUUAUUGUCUGUUUUUAUAAAAUUCUUAUUCUAUAAUAAGCAAUGAAAAUACUCAUUAUACAAUUAUAUACUUAUUUAUAUAGUAUUUGAUAUAAAUCAUUAUUAAAAUCUUUACACUACAAAUUAAAUGAAUACAUAAUCAGGUAGUUUCGUAUAUACUAUUCAAUAAAUAAUGAUAAAUUAUUAAUAAAAGUUCGAUAUACCCUCAUGCUGCAUAACAAAAAAUUUAUACACAAAAUGAAUCGCUGCAGUAAAAUAAUGAAGCUAUUUUUAGGGGGUUUUUUUUUUUUUAUUUCAAAUUAACAAAAUUUUAA